AGAUACCGCCGAUUUGAACGUGCCUGCAACGCGCGCCUACAAUGUUCUUAGCGGCCGAAACGGGGCAUGGGCUCGAUUGCACGUCCCCCUCCGACUAUUCAGUCGCGCCAUGCUGGGGAGAGGUUGGUGUGCUCGACCGGGUGGCUCCGCAUCGCAUCGCGGUGGUUCUCCCAUCUAUCCGGCGCCGCAUACUGCCCAAGAUCUGGGGGUCUUCCAGGUGAUGCUUUUGGUGGCGUCCGAGAAUAUAAGGCGAUGAGCGGGAAGAGAAUCAACCAGGCGAUCGUCUUGGUCUCCUUCGCAGUUCUGUUCAGCACUCGUUGAGGAUCAACCAUCUCGACAUGCUCUCAAAGCGCAUUGCCCUCUUCCUGUUCGCAUUGGCCUUCAUGGCCGUUCUUGCGUCCGCCACCCCCGUCAAGGGGUUGAAGCAGGCUCAGGUCCAGAAGCGUGCCACUCCUGUUGCCCGUUCCCUCGACGGGCCCUACGCGGCGGCGGCCGCCAAACGUGACUACGAGCCCAAGCCGUCCAAGUAUUACGCGAUCUAGAUGCGAUGUUCCGAUUCUCUGCCCGUCGCCCGAAUAGGAGACCAAGCAUUAGGCUCUGAACGUUGACGCAGGUCCACCGCGACAGCACAUAGAGUUAGAUCAUACAGAUUGCUUCACCCUAUACGUCCCGACGAACACUUGUAUGCCUAUAUGCCGAUUGCAUGUAC